UUUUAGAUAAAUUCAAUUCUUUUGCAGCUCAAGUAAGCAUGACUCCUGGACUGGUUCCCGAUUUGUCGUUUCGACUGCCGAAGGAGGUUAAACCGCUUCAUUACGACGUCUACCUGCACCCGGACCUGGAAAAAGGGACGUUCCAAGGUAAAGUGACGAUUCUGAUCGAUGUCGCCGACAAACGGAGUUACAUAGCGCUUCAUCAAAAGGAUCUGAACAUCACCGCGGCCGCGUUGAACACGUACGACCGCGAGGAGAACUUUGAGUUCGACCUGCUCGAACUUAUACAAAUACCGAAGUAUGAAAUGUUCGUGGUGCCGACCAAAAACGAGCUUCACGCCGGUUUGUACAAUCUCAGCCUCGAGUUCAACGGGGCGCUGCAACCGGACAAGAUCGUCGGCUUUUAUUCGAGUAAAUAUAAGGAUGAACAGAAUAAAACCAAAUCUCGUCGUUGCUUCGUUUCUCAGGGUUCGUCGGUUAUCCGAAUGAUGGAGAAUUUCAUCGGUCCUGAGCCCUUCUACGGUGCUAUCACUACUUACUUGAAGAAAUUCAUGUACCACAACGCGGAAACGUCCGAUCUAUUCAGAAUAUUGCAGGACGCUUCGCCAGAAUUGAACGUGACAAGUAUUAUGGACACGUGGACCAGGCAAAAAGGAUUCCCCGUGGUGAACGUGAAGAAGACUGACAACAAAUAUAUUUUAACGCAGAAACGAUUCCUGGCGGAUCCCGACGCCAAUUUCGAUCCCUCCGAAUCCGAAUACGGGUACAAAUGGAUCAUUCCCAUUACUUACAUCACAAACAAAAUGUCCAAGCCUACGCUGGUAUGGUUCGACAAUAAUGCCAAAGAGUUGGUGAUCGAAUUGAAGGAAUCUGUUGACUGGAUUAAAUUCAACGCGGACGAGGUGGGGUACUAUCGUGUUAAUUACGAGCCAGCCGAAUGGAAGACUCUUGAUAAUCUUCUCCGAAAUCAGCAUAAGACACUGUCCGUAGCGAAUAGACUGCAUCUUCUGGAAGAUGCAUUCAGUUUAGCAAGUGCUGGAGAGCUGGAUUAUGGCAUAGCGAUGAACAUGACAGUGUACCUUCCUCUUGAGAAGCAUGCUUUGCCAUGGAGCGUAGCUUCUUCCAAAUUGACUGACAUCGACACUCUGCUAUCCUCCACUAAUUUCUCGUCAAAAUUUAAAGUAAUCGAUUUUCUAUUAUAA